ACAAACUAUUCGUCGUGCUCUCCGAUUGGCUGGUGAUUAAAAGUUUACGGAAGUAAUUCGUCUGUUAAGUUGAAUCCGUUUGAGAGCCCAACACGACUACUCUUUGUCGUGGUGAUGUACUAACAUGCAGGCUGAAGACCAUGUUUCCUGUCUUAAAACGGAUUCGUUAAAAACUAACGGGCCAUGUCGUGUUCUUGUGGGUGUAACGGGAAGUGUUGCAUCCUUAAAACUGCCCAUUUUGGUUUCCGAGCUUCUUCAGCUCCCUAAGGUGAGCUGUCUAGAUGUUGUUUGUUUGUCUGUUUGUUUAUAAAGACAGCCAUUGUGUCCCUUAUGAGUAAAAAACAAAUAUAGGUCACCUGUCUGUUCACGAUGACUAUUACUCUGCCUGUCUGUGCGCAUUCAAACCGACUUUAACCACAAGAUGGAGAUGUGGUUUCUUUUUAAAAAUCACAUGCAUCAUUUUCUCUUCUGUUAUUUAACAUAUCAAAGUCUUGCUAUUCUAUUCCCAUUUUAGUCUUUUUAUUGAGAGCUUCACAAAGUAUCAAAUUACCGUGGAUGGACCUGGUGACUCAGGCUGUCAAAAAGGUGUCAAGUCUUAAAAUCACAUUAAAAAGCUGACAGUGAGAAACUAAAGAAGUACCAAAGACAUCCUUUAAAAACAGCUAAUGUUUGUUUUGUGAUUCACUGAAUAAGACAGUGUCAUUUGUUUGUGUAAGCUCGUAUGGGAGGAAACCCAAGUUGCCUUAAUAUCAAUUAUUGGCAAGGUGUUUACACAGUGAAACAGUUGUGUAUGAAUAGUAUCCAAGAAGGCAGUGUAAUUACAAGGUUGUUUGAAAGUUUACACAUUUUUGAAGUCAUGUCCAGAGGAAGGCUGCAAAGUCAACAUGCUCAGCAUUAUCAUGAAAAACAUUAGCCAAUAAUUCUGGGAAUUUGCUGAGUGAUACUGAAGUGUAAGAGGGCACAGGAGCUGCAUGAGGAUCCAGAAACAGACCAACGUGGAUUUCAGGGAAUUUGGUCACCCCGUCGCUUCUCUGAGGACAAUAAAACUGUGAGAGAUAGAGGUUUUAUACGUUUAUUCUCCAGACUUUGAGCCCAUAGGCCUUUAUCUAGCAUAUCGUAUUAAACAUUUUCUUUAAAUCCUCUGUUUUAUAAAGAUCAGUUUGUAUGUUUGCCUUAGAAAGUUUUAUUAGUGUAUUGGUGUGCAGAUCUGUAGACAAUUUAUGAGUGUUGCUUCAUUGUUCAACAUGUUAUCAGCUUACAAAGGCCACUGAGUCAAAUUCUCUCUAUUGCUAAACUUUCUGUGGCAUUGAAGAAGUGGGAAGGCUUGUCUUUUUUAUGCUUCAGUUGAAGACCCAUAGAGUGUUUUUUAACAUGAAUUUAUUGCCCUUACAGUUUAUUUUCUUGUUUUCCAACACAUUAAGCAAUGCAAAAUAUUAUUAAUGUCACAGUCUUGUUUUAUGCUUCAGGUGGAUGUUAAAGUGGUCACCACAGAGCAUGCCAAGCACUUCUACAAUCCUGAAGAGGUUUCAGUAAACAUCUACAGUGACAAUGACGAGUGGGAGGUAUCAAAAAUAUCCUAUCAAACAUAUUCUGAAUGCUCUGAAUUUACCUGAAUUACACCCAUAACUGGUCAUCUUCGGCAGAGUUUCUAUAAGUUAGUGCUUAGUAGACAGUUGAAAGUUGUUUUUAUAGAGGACAAAUACGUAUGCAGUGUAUCAUGGUUUCCAUAGAGUGUACUCAAUGCUCCUUUGAUGCUGUUGAAAUUAAAAAUUGAGGAAUCCUUUGUUAAAUACACCCUGGCUUAACAAUAUGAUAUUAGUUUUCAAGUAGUCAGAAGUUGAUGAUUGUCAAGUUAGUGACGUUUAUAAAAACAUUCAAACGUAAAACUGGUCUGAAACAGAGAGGAAGUAGGCGUGCCAUUGGAUACAUUUUUAAUGGCAAAUGUUUUUUGUAGCAUUGGACUCAAAGAUCUGAUCCUGUGUUGCACAUUGAGUUGCGGCGUUGGGCAGACCUGUUUGUCAUUGCCCCCCUCGAUGCCAACACUCUUGGAAAGAUUGCCAAUGGAAUUUGUGACAAUCUGCUGGUGAGAAGCAUAAUCAGAAUUACAUAAAAAUAUUACAGUUGUAGUUGUAAAUUCCAUGAUUUAUCAAAAAUCAUUUGUAAUUCAUUAUCUGUUUAAUCUUGGCAGACAUGUGUGGUUAGAGCCUGGGAUACCAGUCGCCCUCUCCUCUUCUGCCCUGCCAUGAACACAGCCAUGUGGCAGCAUCCUGUUACGGCCCAGCAAGUAUCCAGGCUGACAGAGUUUGGAUAUGUGGAAAUCCCCUGCAUUACUAAGGAGCUGGUGUGUGGGGACAAAGGUGAGUUUUAAACCAGAGGAAAAAACACAGAAGCAGCUCCCAGUAUUUACUUCCUUCUCCAUCCAAAUGUAAACCCCCCAAUAAAUAAAACACCAAGUACAAAAAGACAGCCCAAUAUAGCAUAGAGACAUUUCUUUCUCAUUUUUGUAGUCACCCCAAUUGUAUUUUUACUAGUUUAACACAUUUUUAAACCCUUGCUUGGAGCUUACUAUCUUGGUAUGUCCAUGUAAAGGAAAGAUAAGGGGAUACACUUGUAUGAAAGUGGUUCUUCAGGAUACACACUGCACAUUUCCUGUGUAACUCACACACUUCAUGAACUCACGCCUGUCUCGUGUCUUGUAUCAAAACAUGCAUCCUGCUCACAGUACCCGCUCCAUUGUAAGACAGUGACUUGUCUCUGAAUUACUUUGGGAGUCAGUGAAUAUUUCCAAAAGAACUUUGUGUGCUUGCGGUUAGACUUGAACAUUAAACUUUGAACUUUGUUUGAACUUUAUUGGACAAAAUUUUCUAGAUGAACACUGAACAGAAAAUUAUCCUCACAAAACUUGAAAAAAGAAUAAAACUACAGUUUUACAUUUGUACAAAAAAAAAAGACUCUCAUGAAGAUUAAAACAACUCUUGCAUUAGCACUCCAGGACCAUAUAGUUGCACUCUGUUUUUUUAUCAGUCACUUCCCUGUCAGGGUUGCAGACUAAAAUAUUGAUCAGAUGUGUAUUUACUUGUAGCCAGUUAAAGCUGAAAAUGUUUGAUGUGCCUUGAAAGCAUUAUAAGAUCAUCUCAGGUCAGCUAUCAGCUGUGAGUGAAGAGUUGCCAAAGAGGCUUGAAAUGUUUACUCUUUGUUUACCCACGCAGCUGUGUAACUCUGCAUAUCUUUGCUUUCUUUUGCAGGUAAAGGGGGCAUGGCAGAGGUUUCCACGAUCGUCAGUGUAGUCCAAAAGUAUCUUCAGAAAGCAGAUGAGUCAUCUCAGAACACUCACACAUCACAUCCUGAUAUAGAGCCACAAAGUACCUGAAACAAACAGAAAAACUAACCUCAACAAUUACGGUGUGAACUACAGUAAUAAAGAACCCACAAACAAAAGUUUGACAGACUCCUUUUUCCUCACAUUUAUUUCAGUUGAAUCUGCCUUGAUAAGUAAUCCACGGGAGCAUGCCAGUUCAUCAAGUUUAUGGCUGUAAUUCAACAGAGCACUUACAGUUAGCUCUGCCAUGCUUCCUUGUAUUUAUUGCACUAUUUGUCUUUUACCUCUACACCCCUCUCAUAAACUCAGUUGUUGUUUCAUUUUAUUUUUUUUUACCAAUGUAUUGUUUGAACAGACAUGUUUGGUUUGAAUGAGUGUUUACAGACCAUCAUUGACUGGCGUCUUCCGCAGCCUUCUGUUAGUUGACUUUGUUUCUUAUAUAACGUGACAGCAUGAACAUCCAAAUUGCGUAACGUAAAUUCUGACAGGCUGUUAAUAAAAAAUGUCAUCGCAGUUUAACUUGAACCCUUCUAAACAGUAUACUGAGACUCAGACAUGUUUAAAAACAUGCUUUUAACCAUGACUCCAAGAGCCAAAGGUCAACAGUGAUGAAAGCCAUUUUUCACUCCCUGUCAGACAUGUUUAUCUUGGUGAGAAGCUUCCAUCUUCUUGCUGAGUGAAGAGUAACUGUCUGGAUUGUGUCAAGACAGGAAAGACGAGAGAGUGUCGACCCAAACCAGCCGGUGGUUUGUUCAAAUUAAUGAGAGGAAUUAAACCAUAAAAAGUGUUUUACUUGUAAAAAAGCUGAGAGGAACAGAGCUUUAGGUUAUAGGGGAUGAUCUUGGAUUAAUGUCUAUUAUGUAAUAUUACAGAGUUGGACAAAUAGUACACAGCACACAGCACUUUGUCCUUUGUUAGAGGUUGUUAGAGGUCAACGUGGAUACACAAACAUUGCCCAAAUGUUACACUGGUGAAACAGGGUCAGAUUAGCAAACACUAUAAGUAUAAAGUUGCUAAAAAAAAAUUUCUUGCCAGGUACACUCCUUUUAUUGUUUUACAGCUCUCUAAGAGUACACGGAUAACAUCCUGAUCACAUGCUUUACCAGCCAAUCUGCUAUUUGUAUCUCUUUGUCAUUAAGGUGUAAACGGCACAAACUACUUACAUCUUAAGCCUUAAAUAAUCAUUCCCCUGAGAGCCAAACCCUCCGGCACCAUCCCACUGAUCAAGAUGUUUGAGUUAUUUUUUUAUAUUAUCUAGUUUAUCUCUGUUUUCAUUCUUUCCAAUGCAAUGGGAGGGAAGGAAAUUUGGUUUGCAAAUAAUUGCAGGCAAUGCUACUGUUGAUCUGAAGGUUGUAGCAAAUGGAGUCAUGUGAAUGGCUGUCCAAAAGAAGAGCAUCCUUCCCUGAGGCGUAACUUGUCUUGCUGCUAUUGGCUGCUGUAUGAUUCUGAUAAUGAUACCUCAGAAACAUUACAUCAGCCACACAGCACAGAGGGGAGUGUCAGGGAGGCAUUCAUGGCUCAGUACGGGAGUGUGCCCUCACUGGGAAUAAAUAUGCUCCCUGAACAACUUUUGAUCAACCAACCAACUAACAAGGAAAUCUGAACUGACAUAAUGAUUGGUGCACAUAUACGACUAUAUAUUUGACAUUAAAAUGGUCACUUCAAAAACUUUCUGUAUAAAAUAUCUGGAUGGGGGCUUUAAACUCCAGAGAGAUGUUUAGGAAUCUACUGUAUUAUUAACUCACAAUUAUUUUAUUCAAGUAUUUAUUCACAGUAUUUCGGCAUGCAUAAAGGAAAAGUAGCAAAGUGUUUCAAAAAGCAUGGUAUUUUAUUUUAUUUAAGUUUUAAUAAAUCAGAUCAUACACAAAGCAAAGUAUCUGUGUAUUUGUGAAUUGCAUUUUAAUGAGAGAACUGCAAUUGAGGGAUUAAAAAAAGAAAUGCAAGCACCUAUGAAUCAAACUAUUUGUUAAUAAAACAAACAGACUACCAUUUUUUUUCCAGGUGGGUCUUUAACAUAAGUGGAAUGACAUUUAUGCAUUACAUCCAUUUUGUAAAUUGGUCUCUGUGCCAGGGUGUUAGUGCAUUCAGGUGCAUACGAGGUCUCCUGUGUGCUUCACUUUGAGCAUUUGUCUCUAGGCUCUUCAUGUUUGUGGCCUCUGGGAAUGUUUAGCAGUAUUUCAUCAGAAAGUACAAGUUGUUCCACUCCCAAUGUCACCACAGCGCACCUUAUUUACUUGCAGGUGCAAAGAGAGAGUUAGACAUCCCACAAAUUCAUUCAUGAGCAAAUAGUUCUUUAUACUGUAGAUUACCCCCCAAAAAAGUCUGAAGUGUUUUUUUUUACCAUCUUGAACUAUUUUAACUUUAUAAACCAUCUGUGACCAUGAGGCAAGCUCAGGCUACAGCUCUACUAAGACAUUAUAAAGCUGUAAUGAACUUGGUUUAUUCACGCUCUAUGUGUGCUGUUGACUCAUCCUCCACACCUAAAGUAACACGCUCUACUUCAGUCUAACUGAUACAAUGAAAAGCGAUAAGGCUACCAAAAUGUUAUUGAGAUAAGAAGUGGCACUACUGCUGCAACCUAGGCAUGAAAAGAUCCUUGAAGAAAGAUAUUCUGUUACUUUGGAAGAUCACAUGUAGACACAAAGACCUGUGACAACUCUUUUACUUAGAAAGAAAAGAUUAGGUACACUUGAUUUCAUCGGUGUAUGAAGAAACUGCUGUUAGCUCAGAUUCCUUGACUCCAUAAAAAAUUAUUUAGUGUAUAAUUAAUAGCAGUAGACUGUUUCAUUGUCUGUAUCGUCCCUGCAAAACUAACUGUCUUAAACAGACAAUGCAUGGCCAAACAUAAAAGACUUAAUCUAAUGUAAGUUAGCCUAUGAGCCACCAUUUCAUUUUAACAUUUUUUUUCAGUAUAAAGUUUACCCAUGUUGAUCGACAAAAGCCUUGCAACAAGAUCAUUUGUUUACUCAAAUAAUAGUUGAAAUGAUCCUUUCAAUGCUAUCAAUAUUUUACAUAUUCAAAUCAAUUUUAAAAAUAAAACCAUCAAUUCAUUGAUCAGACAG